UUAUAGUGGUCACAACAGAAAACGGGAAAGCUUCAGAUGGGACGCCGCUAAUAUGACUCUAAAAUAAAGCGUUACAGUUUAUAUCCAGUACUACUAAUAGAAACCCUACAAUCAAACUUUUUUCAGCAAUUGGAUGUUUGGAUUUUGACCAUUUUGACGUAUGGUCGUAAGGGCGCAGAACUUGCGUCAGGGGCGCAGACUAGUCUCUUCUGACCGAGGACGGAAGUUUGCUUUGACCAUAGACAUUUAAGUGGAUAACAGCGGCUGGAAAGUGUUCAUGGAGAACUCGGGGUCAGCACUCGAAAAAAAUGUGGCCGAACUUACGGUAAUGGACGUGUAUGACAUCGCGGCUGUUGUGGGACAGGAGUUCGAGCGGAUCAUUGACCAGUAUGGCUGCGAGGCGCUGUCCCGCCUCAUGCCCAAAGUAGUGCGCGUGCUUGAGAUCCUGGAGGUGAUGGUGAGUCGCAACAGCAUCAGUCCUGAAACCGAGGAGCUGCGACUGGAGCUGGACAAACUCAGAAUGGAGAGGAUAGAGCGGCUGGAGAAGGAGAAGAAGCAUAGAAAGGAACUGGAGUUAGUUGAAGAUGUAUGGAGAGGGGAGGCUCAAGACCUGCUUUCCCAAAUUGCUCAGCUACAGGAAGAGAACAAAACUCUCCUGACAAACCUCUCCAGUAAAGAUCCACUGAGUGAGGAGGACUUGCAGAGGCACGAGGGAAUGACAGAAAGAGAGAAGCAGGUGAUGAAGAAAUUGAAAGAAGUAGUAGACAAGCAGCGAGAUGAGAUUCGUGCUAAAGAUCGUGAGAUUACACUGAAAAAUGAGGACAUCGAAGCACUUCAACAGCAACAGUCGCGUUUAAUGAAAAUCAACCAUGAUCUGCGGCACAAAAUCUCUGUGAUGGAAACCCAAGGAAAAGCAAUGAUUGAGCAGAAGGUCGAACUGCAGGCCGGCGCCCAGGCACAGUCACAGGAAGUCUGUGCCCUUAGACAGGAAGUUGCACGUUUAAGGGAGCAUCUACAAAAAGACCUCCUUGCACCUGAUCCCGAAGAACCCAAACCUCUGCCCCCCUCGCCAGCAGAGCUAAACACAGCUUGCACAGCAACAGGAGCGAAUGGCUGCCCAGAAAGAGUUGAAACUUCAGUAGAAGAGGGCCAUGCCCUGUGUUUCAUGCCUGAAACCUUCAGUACAGAAGGACAUAAUUCUGGGGAGGAGGAGGAGGAGGAGGAGGAGGAAGAAGAAGCCGUUCUAUUUUGGGAGACGAUGUGCAAUGAAGAUAUGCCUGCUGUGUUCCAAUAUUUUACCAAGGAGGCGCUCUGUGAAGAGGAACAUGGUAAUCUGGACCCAAAGGACCCCAAUCGGCCACGUUUUACUUUGCAGGAGUUACGAGAUGUCCUCCAUGAAAGGAAUGAGCUCAAAGCCAAAGUCUUUAUGUUGCAAGAGGAACUUGCCUACUACAAAAGUGAAGACACUGAAGAGGAGCUUUUUGUUCCAACACCCUCGCCUUCUCCUGAACUGGGUGUACACUCUGGCUCUACUGCCCCACCAGAGUCAGGAAUCAAACGCUUGAUCUUCACAGCCAUUAUGCCGAUGGUGGCGGCUGGUUUGAUCCCUGACGACCCCACCUUACAGCCAGUCAGGCAUCUCAGAUCCCUUGUUUAGUUUUUUCUCACGUGACAAGCAAAGGAACUCCCAGCGGAGUAUGCCAUUUGGUGGAAGCAUCAGCACAUGGCCAGGAAGGGAUGAUGUUUAUACUGAGCAAGCCCAAGAGGCACUACAACAUUUGUAGUUAUUAGGAAAGACAACACGGACAACGCCAAAGCAUGGCAUUACCAUUGCCUGGAGAUUUUAUGUGGUCAGCUCUAUAUAUAGUAUGAGGCACAGCCAGACCAUGCAAUCUAAAGCUGUUGAAAUGAGUUAUGAGAAAGGUAAGGCAAGAUGCAUUGUCUACACUGCUGUCUUCAAAUGUGCUAGCCAAUGAAGUUCGGAUGGAGUCUGUUUGUAUUACCUGUGUGCAUGGGUCUUCUUCUCUACCCCACCUCAAGCAUUUUAGAUUAUUCUCCAGCCUUUGACACUCCCAAGUGAUUUGUGCAAAUGAGCUUUUGUAAAACACACAGUAUGACCCAUGAAACAAAAAAAGUUUAGACAUCAGAUGGCACUUGAUGGGCUACAGCAAAUUGCACUAAGUAUGUGCUGUGUACAGAUAAGUUUGUUUAUGGAUAUUAUGGUAAAAACUAUGUAAAUGUAUUUAAUUCAAUUUAAAGGCAUUAUUCUUUACUAUAGUAAUUAACAACUAAAGUCAGUAUUAUUUUAUUACAUUUUCAAAUUAGACCAUGCUAUAAGCUACAUUAGUUUCAGUUACAUCAGAUUAAAAUGCGUUUUUCUAUUGCUUUUCUUUGAAAGCAGUUUAUUGUUGGGGCUACAUUUUGGUUUUAUUAAAUGGUUUUAUUCCA